AUAACUGUUUACUCUGUCUUUUGGUAAAAGUUCACUUUUUUUUCCUUUUCCAUUCAUCUCGACGUUCUUCAAAGCCACUUAUACCACAAAUCUCAGAAAAACGAGCCAAAAUGGGUGUUACAAAGACCACAACACAGCAGGGCACUGGUCCCAGCCCCCAGGUGGGCCAGACCGUCGUCAUCGAGUACACUGGCUUCCUUAAGGACACCAGCAAGCCUGACAACAAGGGCGCCCAGUUCGACUCUUCCGUGGGCAGGGGCGACUUCGAGACGGCUAUCGGUGUUCAGCGUGUCAUCAAGGGCUGGGACGAGGGUGUCGUUUCCAUGAAAGUUGGCGAGAAGGCCACUCUGGACAUUACUGCUGACUACGGCUACGGAGCCCGUGGCUUCCCCGGUGCCAUCCCGCCCAACUCGGACCUCAUCUUCGAUGUCUACCUGAAGGGAAUCAAAUAGUGGAUUAAUCUAUGACGGGAUGUGAAAUGCUUCGACAAGGGACAUAGGUAUAGAGGACGGGCAACCAUGUUGAUUUCUGGUAGUGAAUCCGAUGACCUUAUGCUUUGUGGGGAGGACGUAGGACGAGAGCAGAGUUCUUGAGUUGCUGGAACGGAACCCUUGAGUGAUAGGAUAAAAAACUGGAAUAAACGAAACUUAAAACCCA